CUUCCGCUCUCAACUCCUCCUUUGUCUGAGUCCUUUCGGUCCUCCGCCUAGUUAUUUAUUUAUUUCCUUUUCGUUUGUGGGGUAUAUUUUAAUAUAUCCAUAUCUCUCGGUUAUUGAAUGACACUCGAUUCCGACACAUAUAUGCCUAAAAGCAAAGCCCCCAGAAUGGAUGAUGUGGACUACAUCCCAGCAGACCUGAGCCCAGAGGAGCGCUCCGAGCUGGAGGAGAUCCGGCGCAGGAAGGGGGCGCUGCUUCUGGAGAUCCAGCGGCUGAAGGAGGAGCUGAGGGAAGCCAUCAUAGAGGUGGAGGGGCUGGAGAGCAGCACGGAGGGCAGUAAAACAUUACAGAAGAAUCGUCAUGUGGCCAUGGGGAGGAAGAAAUUCAACAUGGACCCGAAAAAGGGUAUUGUAUUCCUUGUGGAGAACGAGCUUCUCAGACACACUCCAGAGGACAUAGCUCAGUUUCUCUACAAAGGAGAAGGACUCAAUAAAACAGCAAUAGGAGACUAUCUGGGGGAAAGAGAUGACUUCAAUAUUAAAGUGUUGCAGGCUUUUGUUGAUCUUCACGAAUUCACGGAUCUGAACUUGGUACAAGCACUUCGGCAGUUCCUGUGGAGCUUCCGCUUGCCCGGCGAGGCUCAGAAGAUCGACAGGAUGAUGGAGGCCUUUGCACAGAGAUACUGUCACUGCAAUCCUGGAGUCUUCCAGAGCACAGACACCUGUUACGUGCUGUCGUUUUCCAUCAUCAUGUUGAACACCAGUCUGCACAACCCCAACGUGCGGGACAAGCCCACGGUGGAGCGCUUCAUCAGCAUGAACAGAGGCAUCAACGACGGAGGAGAUCUACCCGAGGAGCUGCUCAGAAAUCUGUAUGACAGCAUCAAGAACGAGCCCUUUAAGAUCCCAGAGGAUGAUGGGAAUGACCUGACGCACACUUUCUUCAACCCGGACAGAGAAGGCUGGCUCCUCAAACUGGGAGGUCGUGUGAAGACAUGGAAGAGGCGAUGGUUCAUUCUGACUGAUAACUGCCUCUAUUACUUUGAGUACACAACAGAUAAGGAGCCCAGAGGCAUCAUACCAUUGGAGAACCUGAGCAUUCGAGAGGUCGAAGAUCCCAGAAAGCCAAACUGUUUUGAGCUGUACAUCCCUAAUAACCGCGGGCAGCUGAUAAAAGCGUGUAAGACUGAGGCCGACGGUCGAGUGGUGGAGGGAAACCACAUGGUGUACCGGAUCUCAGCUCCCACCCCGGAGGAGAAGGACGAGUGGAUCCACAGCAUCAAAUCUGCUGUGAGCGUGGACCCCUUCUACGAGAUGCUUGCAGCCAGAAAGAAACGCAUUUCUCUAAAGAAGAAAGAAGAGCAACCCUGAAAGUCCAUCCAUCCAUACGCUCCCUCCAUUCUCUGAGAAACCAACAAUCCUUCAUUAAGGUAGCUCUCGUCAGAUCUGUCUGUAAUUCUGGUUUAUGGAGAAAAGGAUGACUUUUGGGGAACCAUAACAUCAUCGUCUUCGGUCUGGAUUUCGUUGGUCUGGACUGCAGCUCUUAUCUCCAUGCUUCUCCUACACUUGCACACUACACAGUGUUAUUCACUAUCACACUAGUCUGUACAGAUACUCACUGUAUAAUGCUGAGAUUCCAUACGACUUCACUGACAAACCUAACAUUCAUCAACCAUCCUCAUCUCACGCUCCCUUCUGCAAGAUAUUCACAGCAUUUUACUGUGAAGUUCCUAAUCAAACAGGGUAGACGACCAAACAGCCUGAUGCAUUCUUCAUCACCCUCAUCAUCAUCAGGGAUGAAUCUAUCCCAACCUUUAGCAGAGAUGAGCGGGACGCUUCGUUCACACUGAAGGCAUUUGUUAGUCUAUUCUGCUGCCUGUCUUAAACUUAUUUAAUGGAAACUGACUCUAUUUAUCUCAGACUCCUUUGAGUGUAUUUACAUGUUAUAAAUGAAGAAGUAAAUGAAGGUCAUUGCUGUUCACACCACAUGAUGAACUUCAGUUUAUCUAUUUGGUACAUAUCACUUCCAUCAUAUCUGUGAAACAGGAUAUGCGUUUUACCCUAGUAUUGGACCCCACUGGUGAUGUCAUUUCCUGUGCACAGUUGAUGACAACUGUAUUGAUCUUCACUGACCCAUCAAAGCGUCUGCAGAAGUGCUCAUCUUUAUAUGUGAAUCCUUAAAUAAGCUCCUUCCCCUUGAGAAAAGAGCCUUAAAAGUCCCACUGCCCUGCUUCUGAAUGUUCUUACUCUAGUGUUUCAAAACUCAACCAUUGGGGCUGUGAAACAGUUAUCUGGGGAAUCCCACCAAAACAUGACUAGAUUAUACCAGAUUUUCAAUAAAAAAAUUUUUUUUAUCAUAAUCUCAUAACUAAGCAAAGUUCCUCCUAAAUGCAUACAAGUGUUUGGUGGGAUGAAAUCUAAUUUCUUCUCUGAAAUUUGGAAUUAAUUUUGACUGAGAUUCGCUCGCUUACUAUUUCAUACUACAAUCUUGAUUGGGAAAAGAAUCAUGCAAGUAAAGGACUGAGUAUGUUAAAUUAGCUGAGUAUGUACUCGCCCACCAGCCAUUCAAGAUGUAGAGGAUGUUUCUUCAUCAGAUUUGGAGACACAAACUCAUCCUAAUCUUGGAUGGUUUGAGGGUGAGUGAAUUAUCAGCAGAUUUUCAUUUUUGGAUGAACUAUUUAAAUUUGAAGUCCUGUCUUUCUGAAUGUGUGUUUGCUAUGAGAGAGACAGAUGCGUGUGCUUUAUCCCCAUGAAAAUAUGUUUUCCUCUUAUCCCCGAUCUUGAGAUGUGUGCGAUGACCUUGUGAACACUAGUCACUGCUGUUCGCUUUGAAGGAGUCCAUGGCAGCUUUUUCCAGUGUACUUUAUAUUUUGCCUUUUCUGUUUGUAAAAAUACAUGUUAUGUUUGUUUAUACAAAUUGAUAUCAUUUUUUAUUUAUUGUUUUUCAUUUCUUUCUUUGUUUGUGAGAACUAAGGAUGGGGUUGCAUGUUGUACUGAAGCGUCUUUUGUAAAGGGUGUUUCGGGCGACUAUUAGCGCUCUGUAUUUCUAGACUCCACAAAUUGGCAUCGCAGUUAAAAUGGGCUACAAAGCAGUAACAAAAUCGGAAAUGCAAUAUUCCAAAAAUAUCUUAAAAAUGAUGGAUCAUACAGAACACUAAUAGCGCCUGGAGUCUAACAUAAUAACUGCUCUAUUUAAAUAUACUAAAUAUGAAACGGUUAAUACUGAGAAUUGUUUAGCAGUGCAUUUUGCUUGACUUUUGUGACUUUUCCCGAUGAAUAUAAAGCUUGGCUAUAGUAAUUGAUGUCUUUGACUUUAAGACAUAUUUAAUAGUUUGGAGUUAGAAUCCAUGUUUAUGGCACUUUAUUAGAGUUCAGCACAGUUUUGACUAAACCGCAGCUUGUUUUACUCUCGGAGUGUGUAACUAGUACUGCAGUUCUGAACUGGUUUAAGCUUUGCUGCACAUGUAUACAGUAUCCCUAUAAGAUCAUUUGGGGUGAAUCUGCUUCACAUUGUAUUGUAUGUGACCGAGAGACUCCAGAAGUGUUAAAUAGCAUCAGCUGCUGACUACAACAGUGCAUUCUUUGAUAUAAGCUAUGCGUUUAAACCCAUAAUUCAGGCAUGACAUGGUUUGAUGAAGAUGGAAGAAUGACGUCUGGAGACUUACAUUUGGGCAUUCUUGAUGAGAAGUGCAAAGGUGCCAAAACCUUUCAGCAAAUGAAAGCAUUUCCUCUUCCUCCUCUUUAUUUUCUCUCCCGGCUUCUGAUUGGCCACAGAAUGGUACAGAUUGUUUAAAAAAUAAUGUAGCAAAAUGAGAACUCAGUUAUGGUACACUGGUGCCAAUCAACUCUAAUAAAACGGAUAAAAAGA